CGAUUGCUAUAUUCAAAACCUUGAGUUAUUGAUUAUUUCCAAAAAUGAAAUACAGAAAAUUGAACCAGAAAAUUUCAAAUGUUUAUCUAAAUUGAAAACUCUUGAACUUGGUCAAAAUCCUCUUCAAAUAUUACAAAACAAUAUGCUGUCAAAAUUGCCAAAUUUAGACAAGUUAACGCUGAGAUUUUCACCCACAGGCAGUAUAAAAGUGGAACCGCUUGCUUUCAAAUCAACAUCACUGAACACACUGAAACUCGAAUUGAAUAGCCCAGCCGGAGAUGUGUUUGAGUCUUUCGAUGACACAUUUAAGUAUUUACCAAAUCUAAGAAAUUUGAUGCUUGUCUCUAUAAGUAUGUUUGGGGUAAAUAACAAGCAAUUAUCAAGAUUUUUUUCACCUUUUGGUGAUAUCCGUUAUUUUAAAUGCUUUGCAUGUAAAAUUUCUCAGGAUCCAGAAGUUAUCUUGAAACAUAUGAAAAAUGUGCAAAAUAUCGAUCUUCGAUCUAAUCCAAUCACAAAGUUAAGUGAUAAAACGUUUAGGGAAAAUACACAUUUGUUUUUAUCAAUUUAAAAAAUAAUGCAAUAGGACAUAUUUCCGAGUCAGCCCUGCCAAUUUCACUAUUAAACAAAUUACUUACAAUAGAUCUUAGUCAGAAUCCUUUUGUAUGUGACUGCGAUCUUGAAUGGUUUAUCAACUGGAUGAAAACCAUCAAAAAUGAGACUGUGAUUCCAGGUUAUCCAUAUAGUUAUUCAUGCUCACUUCCGCCUGAAAAGUCUAAAUUAAGACUGUCGGAUAUAACUUUUACGUACAAAGAAUGCCACCCGUGGAGUCCAUGGAUCUGGUUUGCUGUGAUCGGCCCGCCUUGUGUCAUUGUUAUUGCUAUUGUCGUGGUCGUAGUUUACAGAAACAGAUGGAAUUUCAAACAUUAUAUUUAUUUGGUUAGGAAAAAAAGGAACUAUCAAGUUAUUAAAGGGCAUAACUUAGUGUAUGAUGCCUUUGUUGAAUACGAGACAACAGAUUCGGCAUGGGUGCGUCGCAGACUGCUGCCUAUCCUUGAAGAUGAAGCGGGAUUAAAAUUAUGCAUUCACGAAAGAGACUUUGUUCCUGGCGUUUUUAUAAACGACAACAUUGUCACCAAUAUGGACAUGAGUGCAAAAAUCAUUCUUGUCAUAACCAAUGCUUUUGCCCGUAGCGGAUGGUGCACGUUUGAAUUGAAAGUGGCACAUUCAAAACUGAUCAAAGAUGAAACAGAGCUUGUGUUCAUUCUCUUGGAGAAAAUAGACGGAAGAAAUAUGAACCAUUCUCUGAAAUUGUUAUUUGAUACGACAACAUACAUUGAAUGGACAGAGGAUAUUGUAGGCCAAGAAUUGUUCUGGGAAAAACUGAAAAAUGUUCUGAAGAAAUGAAUGCAUACUAGAAUAUACACUGAAUAUUCCGGUGCAAAGAUUAUUGAUCGCUUUAUGUUUAACAAAUUGAGGUUAUAAUGGUUAUAUUUAAUAUUAAUUGAAUGUGCCGUUGAGUGUGAAUAUAAGUUUAAUCUUAAAAGCUAGCUAAAGAUUAUAUGCCGCUUGUAAUGAAUAUCUAGUACUUCUCCAAGAAACUUUUAUAUAAAAUAAGCUCUUUCA